GUUCAUCGGCCUCUGCCAAUUCAUCGGACUGAUCCAUUGGAGGGCCUCCCUGGCGCUGCUGGAGAAGACGAGGCAGGCUCCGGGGGUUGUCUGUUUUCUCACGGUGGAGGCUGGCGGGCCGGCGGGGGUCGAUUUCUUCCGGACCUGGACGGAUCGGUGCUGACUGUGCAGCCAAGUGUUCAGGCGCGGCCAGCGCUGCGAUCUGGGUAGGGUGGGGGUGCUUCAUCGCUGGGCUCCGCUGUCAAUUGUCCUCCCGGACGCCCGGCCUGAAGGUCCUUCGGAGUGGAGAAGCGAGCGGGACGUUUCUUGGUGCUGUGUUCUUGCAGGCAGCACCAAAGAAGCGCUCGAGAGCGGAACGCUAGCCUGUCGGAUUUGACGAUUUGACGAAGUUUUUCUGCGGUGGAGGAGCAAUUCGUGGUCGGAUUUUGAGCGUCGAAUUGCAGGCAAUACCGAAUUCGAGUUUCCUUAGGGGCGUUGUGGCCGCAUUGCACAACUUCUGUGGGCGAAUCCGAUGGCCGGGACGGAGAAGCGACAGAGACGUUGCGGAAGAGGGUCAUUGAAGUCGCGCAUGGUUGCUAAUUGAUGGCCAAUUUGUAGCGGUCGAGAGGGAUUGUGCGAGAGUUUCAUUCUAUACCGAAUUAUAACGCAUUCAUUGAGUUGAACUCAGACAUGGCGGAAUUAUGGAGAGCGCAUGCUGCUAUGGCGCUUGUACAAGUGAAUUAUGGUGGUUAUCAUGUGCUUACCACGAUGGCACUGAGCGUGGGUGUCAACCAACUAGUAUUUUGUGUAUAUCGGGAUCUACUGGCACUCUUUAUUCUCGGCCCUGUUGCUUACAUCAAGGAAAAGAAAACUCGGGCUCCCAUCACACGCGAGUUGAUACUAACUUGCAGCUUCCUCGGUUUGUCAGGGAUAUUUGCUAAUCAGCUAUUGUUUCUUAUUGGGCUGAAGCUUACGUCUCCAUCAUAUGCUGCUGCCGUACAACCAGCUAUUCCUGUUUUUACCUCAGUGCUUGCAGUUUUGAUGGGGACUGAAGCAUUAAAUUGGCGCAGACGAGAUGGCAAAGCAAAAAUUGGAGGAGUUGUUGUUUGCGUGACAGGGGCUUUUUUGAUGGCAGUAUACCGAGGACCAGCAGUUUUUGGAGACGGGUUUUCUGACUUGAAUAUGCAGGGCGCUGUAGGUGGAAAACCAUCUCCUGAGCCUGUUGGAUGGCUUGCAGCGACCCUGUUCGACAUGGGAGUCGACAUGUGGCAUGUUGGGGUUGUGUGCCUGAUUGGCAACUGUUUCUGUAUGGCUAUGUACCUGGCUGUCCAGGCACCACUCCUGAAUCGUUACCCGUCCGGUUUGUCUGUUACCGGAAUCUCCUACGCGUUCGGUACGAUCUUGAUGGCAAUCACUUCAAUUUUCUCUGUAUCCGAUGGAGCAGAUUGGGUUUUAACUUCCGCUGAAUUUUACGCAGUCGUAUACGCUGGUGUUAUUGCAUCAGCAUUGAACUACGGCCUUAUGACAUGGUCGAAUAAGAUAUUGGGGCCUUCACUGGUAGCACUUUACAUGCCGCUCCAACCUUUGGCUUCCUCCCUUCUUUCUCGGAUAGUGCUGGGGAGUUCCAUAUACCUUGGAAGUAUUCUGGGCGGUAUCUGCAUCCUUACGGGUCUGUACUUGGUCACGUGGGGUCGCAAAGAAGCUGAGCGGUUGGGCCCACCGUACCGACGGGUUGGAAGUCUUCCUGAAUACUACAAGGGCGAGCCGUCAAUUAGCAUCAGUGAUCCUCUGCUCAAGUGAGCGGAUUGGGGAGGUCUACAACUGGCAUUCAGUUUUGGAAGGGUCUCUUUUUCCAGCAAACACGUUGAUUUUUUGAUGUGAAAGAGCACGUAGUCGCUCUGGGAACUUACUCUAGAACUUGGCAGCUCUCAACAACCCUUGUGUUCGGGAUGCGGGAUCUUCAUUACACAACAGCAAAUCCAGUCACCUGUUACUGGGUUUUAGUGAUGGGUAUGUAAAAUACUUCCAACGCGCUUGCUGCUUGAACAGCCGAGCCCUAUUGUGUGUACGAUAAUUUAGCUGGGCCCUUCCAAGGUGCAAAAUCCUACACCUGCGUUGUCGUCUAGUCUCCCCAUUAUUGAAAGGGGAGCAUUGACCUUGGUGAUGACGGGAGAACGUCGGAUGUCACCUCAAAUCGGUCACGAGUCACACAGGGGACGGGUCGACUGACUCCGUAUUGGUUAUGGCUUUUCUGAGCCACUUUUCUACGUUUCUCUAGGUUUGUAAAAAUAUUCUUGUCCAUUAUGGACGUUGUCACGGAUCUCCCAGGUCGUGGAGACCAUGGAUUAGGCUUGUCUAUAUGUUAUUUUGGGUCAACUGACGCAAGUCGUUGUGCCCGUCUGUAACAGUGCAUUUUCGACGUCUUCCACUUGCGGGUUUCGUUUACUUUCAAUGAGUGCUUUGUUAGC